UGUUCUACGUUGUACUACUAUGAAAACUUCAUUUCUAGGUCAGCAGUUAGAUGGCGGUGUUGGAUAGGGAGUUCAAAGAGGGAACAACAUCUCCGAAGAGAAAAUAUAUCUAGGGGUGCAGACUAUAUUUUGUCUGUACUUCAGAAGUUAUGCGUAUAAUGCGUUUGCUUCUGAACUCCUGUUUCAGGUUUUCGACAACUUACGUGGGUUCACAGAAAAGCCUAAAAACCGGGUGCAGUUCGCAAAUAUUGUCAUUUCACCAAAGAAAAAUGGUGCAUUACCAAAUGGAAGAAAGGGGGAAACCGAACACUCUUGACUACAGGAUAUAUUUUAAAACUUCAGAUGGCAAAUACAUUUCACCAUUCCAUGAUAUUCCACUCUUUGCAGGAGAAGAUCAGAUUGCAACUAAAGACCCACUGAACCCCAUUAGACAGGAUGUAAAAAAGGGCAAGCUUCGAUAUGUAGCAAAUGUCUUCCCUCACAAGGGUUACAUUUGGAACUAUGGAGCCCUUCCACAGACCUGGGAGGACCCAAGCCACGAGGAUAAUGACACAAAGGGCUGUGGCGACAAUGACCCAAUUGAUGUGUGCGACAUUGGUUCAAAGGUGUGUUCUCCAGGAGAGGUAAUUCAAGUAAAAGUCUUGGGGAUACUGGCAAUGAUUGAUGAAGGAGAGACCGAUUGGAAGAUAAUUGCUAUCAAUGUUGAAGACAAAGAUGCUGCAAACAUUAACACAAUAGAUGAUGUUCGAAAGCUCAAACCCGGGUAUCUGGAGUCUACAGUUGAUUGGUUCAAAAAGUAUAAGGUCCCUGAUGGAAAACCCGAAAACCAGUUUGCCUUUAAUGGAGAAUUCAAAGACAAGGAUUUUGCAAUAGAGGUCAUUAAAUCUACACACCAGUUCUGGAAGGCACUGACACUGAAACAGACUGAUGGAGGUGCAAUAAACUGUAAAAAUGUGUCGGUGUGUAACAGCCCUUUUCAAUGCAGCAAGGAGGACGCCUGCUCAAUAGUCCAGUCUGCCCCAGCAUUUGGGAUCUCAAAUGCAUUGCCUGAGGAAGUGAACAAGUGGCAUUUUCUUCCAAAUGAUUCUUGACCAAAUAUGGGGACUUCCUUGGAAACUGUGUUCAAAAGUUAAACAACCUUUCUAAAAAUUAAAUUGUAUAGUAGACAAGCACUUAAUACACAAACAGCUGCCAAGUCUAAACUGUGUCACAGAAUAAAAACAGAAUUAUUUGAAAAUGUGUUCUCUUGCUUUAUUGAUUAAUGAUAAGCCCUGAAAGUGUUUUUUUUGUUUGUUUUUUGUAAAUGAGUUGAUGUAAUAGUUUGAAAUGAAAGGUUAGUUUCGCGUCUUGUUGUAAUUAAGCCUGUCAAAUCAGCAUCUGUCUUGGAGUUUGAAUCAGCUUUGCAUUUGAUUCAUAUGAGAAGCAAGAAGUAUUGGUGUGCAUGGUACGUUUUAGUAAAGGCAUCAAAAGAGAUUUUGUUUUUGUUCAAAAGUAUCAGGUUAAGAGACACAGGAAAUCAUGUCUACUGUAAUCUGUAACAGCUUUGACUGCACACAUUGUAUAUAUGAAUGGUAAGACUGUUCAAAAGUUUGGAAUUGGCAAAAGAAAUUCAUGACUUGAACAACAUUUAUCUUAUAUAAAUUGCUUUAUUGUUAUCUCAAGAAUAUCCACUUGCAUACUGAGAGUUUAAUAUCCAAAAUAAAUACAGCCUUAUAUCCUGUUCUUGCUUUUAUCAAAAUAAACCCUUUUGGACCUAUCUGACAGGCACAAAAAAUACCUUGCGUAAAUCUCACAGCCUGUAACAUUAUCUUGCUUCUGGAUAUGUUGCUAGGGCUGGUCCACACAUUUUGGAAGUCUUGGUCUCACAUUCCUCUACAGCGGUACGAUAGCCUGAUUGGUGGGUGGUGCAUCAUUGUUUCUGCCCAGCACAGUUAGUGGUUAGUGUUAUGGUGUGGGAUGCGUUGGUAUUAAUAUUCAUAGUGUUGUUCCACACUACUGGACUGGACACAUUUAACACUUCUUUUCAGGCCUCAGAAUGUUUCAUGGGUAGUGUGCCUUGAAUCAAGUGCAUUUUUAAAACCAUCAACUGUCAGAUACCUUGAAAAAUAUUAAAUAUUUCAAAUUCAACAAAUAAUUAGAUCAGUUAUUUUAAUUGAGAGUUUAUGUUGGAAUAAAAACCAGAAGACCCUGCGGCCCUCGAGGACUGGAGUGUGGCACCCCUGGUCAAUAUGUUUUUUUCAAUAUGUUUUUUUCAAGAACAUGACAUUCAACAAAGUGUAGACCAAAUUGAUGUAUGUGGUCUUGCAUUUCUUUGCCUAGUCCACACUUGUGAAAAAUACAGCAUUAGAUAUUGAUAAUUAAAAAAAAAACAAAAUGUUUAAAAUUAUAUUAACAUUUAAUUAUCACUAAGUGAAUUUGUCUUGAAUACACAUGGAGAUUCUUGUUGUUUUUGUGUGUAAACGUGUUGUCUUUAAAAGAAACCAAUUGUUACUGCUCAUAGACUGUAAUGUCUAUUUAUUGUUUCUGCAAUUUAGUUGUAUCCCUUGGUUGAACUUCUUAAAAAAGAAUGCUCUGAAGUACAUUUAUGUUUAGAAAACAAAGUAUUUUGUUUUGAAUAGAAAGUUCUAUUAUCCUUGUGGAAAGUCCUGCAUGUCUCCCAGUAAGCCUGAUGCUGUUGAACUGUUUGAAAUGUAACUGAAAGCUUUAUUUCUUGACUGUAAUUACUGGAAACUGAUGGUGUUAUGGAAAAAUAUGGACAUAUUAAAGGCAGCCAUUGGUUACACAGUGAGUGUAAUGUGGCUUUUGAACAAUAUUACCCUUGAUAAAACCAAAAGAUAAUCAAUUAAUUUCAAGUUUGUUUUAGUUGUGGUUAAAAAUAAUAAUAAUAAUAAUAAUAAUAAUAAUAAUAAUAAUAAUAAUAAUAGACAAAUUACAGUAAAAACAAAACAGUUUAAGCAUGUCAAGUCUUUUCACAGCCAAAAAAAACUUUUAUGAAGAAAUGACCUCAUUAUAUGAUUCCUGUCUGCCUUGAUCUAACUUCUUCUAAUGUAGUGUCAUUUCUAAUGUGUAAUUUUCUUUUUUGUUCACUGUGGACCAAUGAUUUAUUGUAGAUUCGCCCUUUAUGAAGUCAUGUAUGUGGGCUGCCAGCAUGAUGGUUAUUAUUGCACACUUGGUUUCCCAGGCUGUAUCGCUCAAAUUAAAAAGAAAACGUUUGUGU